AUGCACGUCAAUGAUGGCAACGAUAAGCUGAAAUCCGGCGGUCAAAGUGUUUUGUAUACACGUCGUCUGAUUGAAGGAUUUUCUUUGGUGACUUGGGGGGAAAUGACAGCGAAUUGCGGCUCUAAUUUCAUCGAUCAAGCCAAGACGACAGAAAAUCAUGACAACAAAGAGCAUGUCUGUACGGGAAAAGCCGAGAGAUCCAGUGUUGAUACGUCAAUUGCGAGGGAGAUGUGA